GAUCAGUUCCGAUCAUUCAUCUUCACAUCUUCGCAUUGGUCUUACAUAAGUAUCCAUUUGAAGUACAUGAAUCUCAGUCUUAGUGUUUUAAAUUAAUGAUAAUUGUGGUUAAGAUCAAACAAUUCACGAGGAUAUCACGAUAGUAGAAAAACAGCAAUCUGAUCCUAACCAUGUCCGAAAAUGCAUCGCGUCUCAGGAAAACUCCUUCGACACCCGAACCAGAGGACAACCGUUUGCAGCUACUGGAACACUUUGACGACAUCUUCAAGUGCACGAUCUGUCUGAUCAAGUUGCAAGAUCCGCACCUGUGCCCGCGCUGUUCGAAGUUGUACUGCUUCGAUUGCAUCUCGGAAUGGUUACAAUCCGAAUCGGAGCAGCAUACGAAUUGCCCCAACUGCAAGCUCGACCUCCAGCUGGACAAACUGGUGAAAGUGCGCUGGUUCGAAGAGGUGGAAAAUCUUCAACGCAACUGCCUUGAACCGAAACCCUCUACAAGUAGCGACGCCAUUGCCAUCCGUGGCAAUAACGGUGCCAUAAAGAAGGACAUCUGUAGCAAACAUGGAAGAAAUAUCAACUUUUACUGUUGCACAUGCAAACAGAGCGUUUGCGACGAGUGUGCCGUUGCCGACGAGAACCAUCUAGAUCAUACAUUCAAAAGUUUGGACGUGAUCUAUGACAGCAGCGUUCAGAUCGCGGAAGAAGAAUUUGAGAAGGUACGACAUUACAUGAAAAAAAUUGGUGCCCUAAUCGAAAAGGUAGAGCGGAAUGUGGAGCUGGUAAAAAAAGUAAAAGAUGAGAAACUCAAGGAGAUACGAGCAAUUGCCGAGUGUUCCAUCGAAUCGCUUGAUCGACAAGUGCGCGAGAAACUACAGAAAUUGCACGGACACAAAUACACGUUACUGGUCGAAAUGCAAGACAUUGAAAAAUCACUGCGCCACAUGGAAGCGGAGGUAAUGAUCUGCACCAAAUCUCAAUUUAUUGCAAAAAAAUCCAAAAUCUUUAAAGAGUGCAACAAGAUUAGAAUGAAUCCAAUCAAGGAUUUCAAACAGAUUCGUGUCCCGGUCAGCUUAAAUAUAAAAACUCCAACCGUGUAUGAAACUGGAAUUUUUGUGAUAGAAAAUUUUUCAUCUUUCGAUGAUAACAAAGUUGCAUAUUCGAAUGAGUUCAAUGAUAGUUACGGGCACGUUUGGCGCAUAAUGGUGUUAUGCGUGAUCUCCGACGAUAAAUUGGGGAUUUACAUUGAGUUGGUGGAAGGGCAGCCUUGUUGGAUGGAAUGCCGCUUUCAAUUGAUCCACGCAGAUAUGAACAAAGUCAUCCAUAAACAGAUUACGCAACGCUUCGAUCGAACAACACAAAAAGAUUGGGGGUUCCGUGAUUUCAUCGCACUCAAGACAAUACUGGAUGAAAACUAUUUGAAAGAAGAUGAUUCGUUAGAACUACUGUACCACAUUCGACCUUGUAAUGGAGAUUGUGACUAAUCGAAUCUAACUUAUUUUGAAUUUCAAUCGGUUUUUACUACGAGAAUAAUAGACUGCAAUUUUUGCAAACAUAGAGAUGUUGAAGGGAAGCAUUUAUUAAUUUUGAGACUUUUUCUUACAAUGUAAU